AUGGUCCGAUCCAGAUCACUCCAAAACAGAAAAGCAAGGUAUCAAAAACGACAGGAUGUCGCUGCCGAGGAACAAGCGACCAAGACCAUAUCUGUACAAACUCAAACGGUCGAAAUUGACGCAGCAGCAGGAGGAAACCUACCCACUCCUUCAUCGAUUUUAGAUAAUCCCACAGGUGGAAUGGGGCAAUUGAAAUUGGCUAUGAUGUGGGAGACGAUCAAUGAAUUCUAUACGGAAAUUGGAAAGAUGACUGAGAAAUGCUUGAUACCUGCCGAUGAUCCUUCUCAGAAGUUUUGUGAGACAUUGUUAAAUGGUGAGAUACUUGGUGGGGCCAAUGGAGAUGGUACUUCCACUCCGAAUUCGAGUUCGAGUUCUGCUAGUGUUGCUGGUAGUACGUCAAGUGCGGAGACUGUUGAUCAGUCAGCUUCAGCCACUGCCACAGCAACAGCUACCGAGGGAGGUAUCGCCUCUUCCUCUGAGACCAGCUCUUCAGAAACGGUCUUAACAUCAACCGAUAUCCCACCUACCACCCUAUCCGAAGUCCCUUCAUCAACAACGAGCUCAGCAUUGGUCGAAGCGACAGACUCGGCUAGUAUCUCGGAUAUUGCUUUAUCUUCAGGAUCAGCCGAAAGCGGUAUCCUAACUGUAAACUUUACUGUCCAACCUGCCACUCCAUCCUCCUCAGAUGCAGCCGUAGAAGCUGCCUCUGAAGCUGCAGAUACGGUAAGUAUCCCGGGUCAACAACUCCAAGUACGCGCCAUAGGUCUAGGUGUAUUAGGUGGUCUAGCAGGUAUAGCCAUCCUUGUUGUCUUGUAUGUGACUUACCAGCGAAGGAAGUUUAAGAAACAGUUUAGAAGUAGGAAAUUGGCUGAGGAUGCUGCUCCGAUGGCAGUGGGGAAAAAUUAUGGAUCCGCGUAA